CAAACAAGUGAAGGGCUGGAGGCAUAAGGCAAGCUUAGCUUCUCGUUACGGCGAGGCCUCGUUCGCUUGAUUCUACUACUUAUGGAAAAACGUGGUUUUCUCCUAGAUGUUUUCUGCGAUGUCUACGUGAAGCUGCAAUAAGGACGAGCCAGCUGGAAAUGUUAGAACAACCUCCUUGAAACAGGCAGAGGUUACGUGAUCUGUGUCACGGCGCGGCUCGUUGUCUUCAGGAACCUCCCGUUUUGGAAGUAAUGUGACCAGAACUGAACCGCAUAAUCAAGAAGAGGUAGAGGGGGAGCAGUUUAAUCCUUUCAAUACGGUGACGCCGACUUCGGCAUCACAGUAACGCCAACGUCAGUAUGAGUCAAGAUGGAAAGUGACCUACUUGCUCUGCACUGGAUGGAGCAUGCCUCAGUGUUCAGUCAUGCCAUUGGAAACUUACGGACUAAGAACUCUUACACAGAUGCUACAUUGGCAUGUGAAGGACACUUUUAUCCUGUUCAUAAAUUUGUACUGUCAACAUGUAGUCAGUACUUCAAUGCCAUUUUUGAAUGGACCCCUUGUAUAAAUCCUGUAGUGGUCAUAAACAAUGUAACAUGUAAAGAACUGGAGGCCCUCCUUGAUUUCAUGUACAUGGGAGAAGUCAGUGUGAAAGAAUCUUUAAUCCCUGAUGUGAUGCGGGCUGCAGAAUGUUUAAGAAUUCGAGGUUUGUCCAUUGUUGAUGAUGAAAAUACCAAACCUUAUUUGAAAAGCAAAAAUAAGUCAGACAUAGGUGGGCCUCCUCGAAAGAGAAAAAGAACAUCUUCGUCCAAGAAAAAAUGUACAGCAGCUGGAUCAGACAAAAUCAAAGCUUGUGAUCGUUUUGAAUCAAAUGGUCACCUCAGUCCUCCACCUGCUUCAAUCUCAGGCAACAAAUAUAGUAAUGAGGGAGAAAUGAAUCACACAGAGGAUCAUGUACCAGACCUCACUUCUGCACAUCACUCGCAGAGAAAUCCCACAGAGACCGAGAAUCAGACUUCUGAUUUGCCAAAUAUUCUUGCUCCUAAUAAUACACCAUCUAACUUCCUUCAAGCACAUACGUCUUCCUCCCCACAGCCACAUCUUACUGACCAGGCAGGGAAGUCUGUGCCACCUCCUUCUAAACCCAACAUCAAUCAGCAUAGUCACAAUUCCCCUCCACAUCGCCCAACUCAGUCCCAUCCAUGUGCACUUGAUCUUUCCUCUCAUGAACAUACUUCUAAGGUCAGUAUGAAUACUGCAGUUGAAGUUAUUAAAUCUGGAAAAAUGGAAAUCAAACAAACAAAGCCAUCUGUUCAACAACCUCACAAUGUGGUGUCUUCAGAAGAAAUUCCUGAUCUCCUAGAUAGCCUAGUGGAUAUGCGCCCUCUCUAUGAUACCAAGACUGAACCAGAGGAUGAAGUGGCUACACUGCAUGCUGUGGAACCCAAUGACAACUUGUAUGAAUUUAGUGAAGAAAUGCCUUCAGUCUCAGCGGCUUCAUCUCAGCAAGAAGUUCGCCUCCCAAAGGGGCCUGCUGCUUCUGGUUCCUCAAAAAAGAAGGAUCAGCACUCGAUGGAAGAAAAUCCAGCUCUGAAAUGCUCAGUAUGUAACAAGCAGUUUCAGAAGAAAGAUAGCUUAACACGCCAUAUGCGUACACACAACAAGGAGCCAUACACUUGCAACCAGUGUUCCUUUAUUUCUCCAUCUUAUAGGGCUAGUUUAGAUCAUAAGAAAAAAGAGCAUGGGACUCCUCACAAAUGCACACUCUGUGAUUUCGCCACACAACGGCCAUAUAGUCUCAAGCGUCACAUGGCACACCAUGAUAAACCACAUCAGUGCCCGGAGUGUAAAUUUAGAGCAAGCACUCUCAAUCUUUUAGAGAAACACAUGAAAAAAAUGCAUGAAAAAAAAUAGGUUUUCAGGUUAUUUAUACCAAAGCCAGUUUUGACAUAGAAAUGGAAACUAUUAUCUGUUCAUCUGUAACUUGCAAUUGCAUUCUGGGCUGCUUUGAUAAAAUAAUUUCUAAUUGGAUAGAGGCUUGAGGCAACCCUCUUCUGCUCAUAAUAGAACACUGGCCUCUCAAUACUAUGAGUAUUAUUUCUAUUCUCUUUACCUCACUUUUGUAAUUUAACACUUAUUUGUUUCCUCAUCAUUAGACAGUAGAAUUAUAGCAAAUGACUACUUUGUUGAAAAUAGACAUAAAAAGUAAUAAGUAAAUAAAAUGAGCUGGUCAAAUGUGGGAUUUUAAAUGUUUAAUCCAUCUUUUAUUUCAUGCUAAUUUUUCAUGGGAUUUUGAAGCUAAUGCAAACACAGAUAAUUACACGAGAUAGAGAAAGUUCUCUUAAACACAAUGGUAUUACCAGAUUUUUGGCAAACUGGAAAGGAAGGAAGGUAAGCACAUCUUGUGUAUGUGUCACAGUGUGUGUGUAUUUACCUAUGUGUGUGUGUGUGUGUGCUAUAAUUAGUGUAUGUUUGUCCUACAAUACAGAACCACAUUGUCUAUUGGCUACAACUAUGCAUAAAAGUUGUAGCCUUUCUUUCCAAUUUCCCAAAAAUCUGGUUAUACCAUUGUGUUCAUGAGAAUUUAAUCUCAUGUAACUAUUCUUCUACAUUAACUUCAAAUUAUAGUGAAUCCUGUUUGUCCAGAUUGUUUUGGCGUUGGUACUAGCAGGUACAUCCUUGUCUGCCACGCUGCCACCUCUGUCUUCAAUUAGUGGAUUAGAGCUUAGGUGCAAAGUACAGCCAUUGUCCCUGCCCCCCCUCUCUCUGCUUAUAAAAAAUAUUAUACACUAUAUUUAUCUCUUUAUAAUAAGGCUUGCUUUCACAAAUUUCAUAGAUGUAAAACAAAAACAAAAACUGAGGAAUGAGUGGAUCAGUUUGUGCAAAGGAAAAAACUAACAAACCCCAUGAAUAUAGAAAAGCAUAUAGAGGCUCUUGCAGGUGUUGUUAUAGGUUCUCUAUUAGCUUUCUCCUGUAAAAAAUACGUAUUUACAAUGUAAAUAAGUUCUUUCUCUCAAUUGAAUAGCGCACGUGAGCGUGUGACGACAGGUAGAGUGGUAACAACGGUAGCUUGCAUUGUGGCCAUGGGCAACCUUGAGAGAAGUGACCUGAGGUUAGAGUCAGCACACUGAUGUCAGAAAGCAAUGUUGCCAAGUGUUGUAUUUAUACAAAAUCUUUGUUAUUAUCCUAAAAAUGAAACAAUCAUUGCACAAUAAAGUCUUAGUAGAUUAUUAAAUCAUUCAGUAAAUUAGUUUAGAGGUAGUAAAUAGCUGACAUAGAAGAGAAAGAGAUAGAUCUUGGGACUAUGUGGCAGAGCGACAGGGAGGGACAUACCUGUGAGAGACAGUGCCAAAAUAAUCCGGACAAACUGGUUUCACUUUAGCAUGGAAGAAAACUGGAAUAAACUUUUAAACCCCAUCUUUGAUUCCAACCUGUAUUAUUUCAUCUACUUAUUACUUUUUAUGUAUACUUUUCAACAAAAUAGUCAUUUGUUACAAUUCUUCUGUCUAGUGAUGAAAAAACAAGUUUUACCUUACAAAAGUGAGGCAAAGAAAAUAAAAAUAAUACUUUCUAAUUUUGAGAGGCCAGUGUGUUAUGAUGAACAAAAGCUGUCUUAAGCCUCUGUCCAACCAGUGAUGACCUUACCAAAGUAGCCUUGGAUCCUGUAAGCUCCAAAUGAACGGACUAUUGCAAUAUUUUUUUUCAUGACUCACAAACAGUACGUUGUAAAGCAAUGUCAAUGAACUAAUGUGGAAAUUUGUUAUUGCUGAACAUUUACUUUAGUCAUUUGACUGUAUUUUGUUUUUCGAUAUGUGGCCAUAGUGACAUGUUUACAAUUAAUCUACACAUUGAUUCUAAAAGUAAAUCCAGGUAAUUAUAUGUAUACAAAAUAUAUGGAAAGUUUUUUAUUAAGCAAACUGCUGUUAUUGUGAAUACUUUGUACAUUUUAUACUAGACAUCCUUUCCUUGAUGCCUAGUUGAUUACAUAGCAUACAUAUAUCUUGAUUUUUUUAUAUUGCCUCUUCAAUAUAUGCUAAAGAAAAUUUCAGUAAGUAUGUGUGAAUACAGUGACAUGUUUUCAAGGAAUCUACAUGGAUUGAUUAAAAAAGGAAAAGCAGUAAUUAUGAGGAAACAGGUACUUUUUUAUCGUGUAAUCUGCUAUUUUUGUGAAUAAAUAGUGUAUUUUAUACUAGACAUCUAUUUUUUGAUGUCUUGUGCAUUAUAUAGUUGAUAUCACAUAAGGACUGCAUAUUGUGUAAUUAUUGAACGUCUGUUUCAGUGUGAGAUGCAGAUCUUUGUGUAUGUUUGUUUGUAAUAACAGGAAAUUCCUCCAAGCCUAAAUUCAUUUUCAUUUUCUGAAAUCAUUGUCUAAAAGUAACCCAGUAAUAAGUACAAAUACUGUUUUAGAUUUAAAAUGAACUCAUGCUGGUAUAUCUUUCAUGAACCUACAUUAAAUAGAGUAAGUGUAAUGUGGACUGAAAUCUUUUGAAACUAUCUGUUUUUGUUUCUUCAUAUCAGCUGCUAGUGGUCAAUUUUUCAUAUUUAUACACUAAUGUGGAAGCUGUAGCACUCCACAUCAUUGUUGUCUGCUGUCUCUGUUUAUUAGACAGUCUUACUCCUAAAAAUACAAUUAGACCUGUUUGUAGCAUAAUGAAGUUUAUGUCAUACAGAUUGGAGGAAGGAGUUACCUCAAAGAAUCCACAUGUUGCUUGUAUUUUAAGCAUUGAUGUGUAAUUGGAUAAAGUAUCAUCAAACUUCAAUUGAAGGAUUGUGAGAAAAGGUGUCGAUGCAAGAUGGCUUAUAGAGAGUUUUCAUAUUUAUAUUUGAAAUAACCAAUGUUGUUUCAUGUUUCUAAAGAAAAAAAAUUACUUGAAACAGAUUAGGAAGGUAUAUUUUUGUUGAAGUCAUUUGUAAAUUGGAACCAUUAGGCCUGAUUCACACUAUAGGUACGGUUAUGCACAGUUCAUGAUUCACUCCCAGUCCAGUCAAAUAUUAUUACAUUUUCAAUGGGAGCAUUCACACUGAUAAGAACAGUCAAGUCAUGGUCCAUUCAAAAAGAUAUUUUGACCUGACUGGGAGCUGACCGUGACAGGUGUGUGCCAGUGUGGAUGCCACCAGUGAUCUUGCUCUGGUCUUGCUUCAGUCAAGUACUGCAUCUUUCAGCUUUAGACAGUAUUUUUUCAAGAGUAUCAGUGUUCAUUCUAAUGUAGUAAAAUAUACUUUCAUCAUCAGUCAGUUGAGAAAACAGUGUAUGGAAUUUCCCUUCACUCUUCCUAUCUUACAAGAUACCCAUACUCUUUAUUUUCUGACUUCGAAUUUAUCUUUCUUCUCUUCCUCAUCCAAUGCAAUGGUGAUCAUUACCAACUCUUAUAAAAAAUUACUCAUCAACAAGGGUGUGACUCAUUUUGCCGAUGGAAUGGGGAUGGCAUGGGCCCCUGUGAUCGGACUGAAAGCGUCCCUUGACCAGUGUGUGUGAAUAGACUUGGACCAUGACCAGAGUGAGACCAUGCUUUGACUUCAGAGUGACCGGCACCAUAGUGUGAAUGGGGCCUUAAAAUUCUAAUGACAAACAUGGCUCUUUGCACUAGAAAGAUUAGAUUCAUUAACAUAAAGAAUAUGAAUCAAAACAAAUUAAAAAACUUAAUUAGAGAUGCUAUAUGGAAACAACUGUGCAGGUAAAGUAGAAAGUGACUUGUAAAAAUAGAGAUGGCUAAUAAAUUGAGGGUAAUGCUCUACAGCACUACAUUCAAUUUAUGUAUGUAGGAAGGCACUAUACUGUACAGGUUCCAGUAAAGCUUUAUACAGAACGUAUUCAUAGUGGACUGGCUAAUUUUUAGGUCGUCAAAAAAAAUUCCAGACUUGAUGGAAUAUCUUCCCUAAACUGUAUCGUAAAUAUUUCCUAAAUUUGAGGGGGAAAUCUUUCUGGAAAAUGACUACUUUAAGCAUAUGAUUCUGGCUUGUUACUGAUGUAAUGAGUAUUAUCUGAUAAGUGUAUAUUAUUGUCCUUUAUUAAGGAAAAUAUUUGUUCAUCAAAAGUGCCAUCCAAGAUGUAUCAGGAAAAUAACCUCAACACAUCAACAUGUAAAAGUAACUUUUGACACUAAGAAAUUUGGACAUCAUUUUAGUAUUUAUGAAUUAAGUUGUUUUAUGUUUAUUGCAAUGACACCACAAAGAAAUCUCAAGAGUUCAAAUUCCAAUGAUUUCGACAAUCUUUAGCCUGAACCCAGUUUGAACUACCCACAGGGCACGAUUUUGGCAUUAUCUGAGGAAUGUAGAGUUACAAGGAGGCAACUCCCUUUCAGAAUUUUAAGAGCUGUAAGGAA